AUGCUCAUAACCCCCCGAACGUAUUCCGCAUCGCAAACCCCCGACCAAACAGCGGCUGCUAGCCGCACUGAAGGCGCACCCCGUUUCUAUACGCUUGCUGGGUGGCGCCAGAGCCCUGUGGAAGAUAGUCCGACUGCCGAUAUGCUGUUGGUUCACCAGACUGGAACUGUACGAGUCGGGGAGAUUAUUCGAUAUACCUUCACCUAUACCCCUGCGGCUGAUCCAAUCUUGCCUAUCCCUUCCGAGCUUCAUGUGAGAGUGAAGAAUACCUCCGCGAUCCCCCUCCGCGCCGCCUAUCUCCACGGCCCAUACACUCUGUACACCGCCUGCUACCCUUCUACAUUCGAUCCAAACGCCAAAUAUGAUCACCAGGAUACCGAGGGUGUCCCCCAAUUUGAGCCGUACCUCAAGGCGGGCGGCAACUGGGAUGCAACUAUCAAGAUGCCCACGCGCUUCGGGGACUCACACAACCUCGCCGUGGGUCACUUGGGGCCAGAGAGUGAUCGGACCAUAACGUGGGUAAUUGAAAUCGUGUCUCAAGUCAUAUUCUCGAGCAGUGCUGCGGUCCAUUUUGAGUUGUUGGUUGCCCGUGACGCCAAAUCCAUCGAGUACUUCUCCGCCGGUGGCUCCGCGACUGGCCAUGGACCCCCAGGCAAAUUACAGGACCAUUGGCCUAUGGGAUCCACAAGGGGACAGUCCAUCAUUGCCACCAAGGGGGUGUAUUCGACAUCCACUAAACUGCGUGUCGACGAUACGAGCAGCUUGUGGAACAGCCCCCCACUACCAUCGUGGACCUCCGACGCGGAUGCCACACCGGAGCAGACCGACUCUAGUGCUCAAGAUUCUUCGCCUGAAGCCACGGGCAGCACGACUAAGGCCAAGCGAAAGAAGAAGAAGAAGGUCCAUCUGGUGGUGAUUACCCAUGGAUUGCAUAGUAACUUAGGCGCGGACAUGCUUUAUCUGAAGGAAAGCAUCGACGCUGCUGCUGCGGCUAAGAAGAAGAAGAAGGAUCGCUCUGAAGAAGGCGACAAGAGUGAAGACAGCACUGUCAAUGACGAAGAUGAAGACGACGAGGAAGUCAUCGUUCGAGGAUUCUCCGGCAACGCCGUUCGCACCGAGAGGGGCAUUCAAUAUCUGGGCAAACGCCUGGCCAAGUAUGUUCUAUUGAUGACAUACCCAGAUCAGCCGUAUUAUCCUUUGAAGACUGGAAAGACAAAGUCAUUUCCUCGCCCAUUCAGUGCUCGCAAGGACCAAGCUCAGCCACCCCUCGAGCCGCUUUCAUCCUCGGCGAAUCAUGAGGAUGGCACGAAUGACGAUGACCAUGCCUACCAAAUCACUAGCAUCAGCUUCAUCGGGCAUUCUUUGGGUGGCCUGAUCCAAACAUAUGCUAUCGCGUACAUACAGAAGCAUUCGCCCGAAUUCUUUGAACGAAUUCAACCCGUCAAUUUCAUUGCCCUCGCAUCUCCUUUCCUCGGUCUCAGCAACGAGAACCCUCUGUACGUGCGAUUUGCCCUAGAUCUGGGCUUGGUCGGACGGACCGGACAAGAUCUUGGACUCAGCUGGACACCACCAAAGGUACGCAGCGGCUGGGGUGCCAUCAUUGGUGGCCGAGGAGACGCGGCAAAGGACCAAAGCCAGGCGGACCCAGGAUCCAAACCGCUGCUGCGUAUCUUACCCUGUGGCCCAGCGCACGAGGUGCUUCAAAAGUUUCAUCAUCGGACUGUGUACUCCAACGUGGUCAAUGAUGGGAUUGUUCCCUUGCGCACGUCGUGCCUUCUUUUCCUCGAUUGGCGAGGUCUGGACCGAGUUGAGAAGGCGAGAAGGGACAAUGGUAUUGUGGGCACGAUGGCUGAAUGGGGUUGGGCCGAAUUGACUGGGGCUAAUUCCAAGUCUCCACGACUAGCUCGCCCUGAUGAAAUUCCACGCUUGGGUGGAGGCCAAGGUGGGCCGAAGGACAGGUUUACCAGCGUUACGGACCAGACACAACCUGUACAGGAGAAUGAAGAGCUUGCUCAGCCUGAAGAGGUGUCUUCACCGGCUCCCGGGCAAUUCCUUGCCAGGCGAAAAUCCUCCCUGCAAGCAAGUAGCUUGGGGACAGAGUCGUUACACAAGGACGUCUCAGGCAAUGAUUCGGGGCCUUUCAGCAGCCUUCUCGCCUUCUUCCGCCCCAAGGAGCCAAAGCAACACCAGCCUAGUGGCAAGCAUGCUAAGAUCUACAAGCGCAGCCAGACUCUCGCAUCGUUUGACCCCAACAAGUCACCCGCACCUGUGGUUCGUGGAAAUUCUCUGUAUGAAGAAGACAUCGGGGUCAAUACGCCUCCUAAGACCACGUUCUUCGAGUCAGCAGGGGACUUAUUGAUGCCACCUCUGCCCCCGGCUGACUUCAUCCUGGACCCUGCUGCCCGGCCUCGAACCAUUUUCCAUGACCGCAUCUACCAUCCUGAAGAUAUUCCCGCUCCACUACCAGUGAAGCGGCGAACCCUGACAUUCUCCUCAUUACAACCUAAGCAUGCGAAAACCGCACCUCCUCAAGCGACGCAGAUACCGGCUAGUUCUACCCCCAACGUCAAAAGCAGCGAAAGUGGACUGAAGGUCGAAGAGAAAAUUGCCCGAGCUUACCACCGGGAUCUAACCUGGCGCAAGGUACUUGUCCGCCUCGAACCCGACGCACACAAUAACAUCAUUGUGCGUCGCAUGUUCACAAAUGCCUACGGAUGGCCAGUUGUGAAGCACCUUGUUGACACGCACUUUGGCCCUUCCCCCAACGUUGAGAUCGACGAUACUUUGAAAUGCAAUGCUGAAAGGGCCAAAGCCUUGAAUGUCGGACCCACCAGCUCCGGCGACGAAGUGGAAGGCCAGUCUGAUUCCACUGAAAGGGACUUGACUGAACCUGAUCGUGCCGGACCAAGCCAUACCCAUGGGGGUGCCGUGAGCCCUUCCUGCUCGGAAGGAUACCCCCAGCUGCAUGACCUAGCUGAUGCAUUACCUGCCGAGCAUGAAUUUGACGAAACGGACAGCACUCAUACUCGAUCCCACUCUCACCAUACUGAGGUUUCUCGGCAGGACUCGGCGCGAUGGACCGAUCGUCAGGUGGAUGAAGAUGAUGACCGUGAAUCCGGGUUGGAUGUGGACGGGCAUGCCGAGUUCCGAUGGUCCCCAGCUCCACGGCCUACUGCUUGA